AAAAAAAAUUAAUAAAACAAGUUUAACAGUAAUAACUAAUACAUUGAGACAAAUAAUAAAAAGAAGAAUUAAUAUUCAUAAAAGUGAAUUAUUUCCGAUAAUUAUUGAAAGAGAAGGAUUAACACACCCUACACUAUUAUCACAAAUGAGUAUAAAAGAAGAAAGAAAUGUUUAUACUACAUAGAAUUGUAGGUUUAAGAAGAGAAAUGUAUGAAGGAGGAGGAUAAAUAAUUUAAAUACAAAAGAUGGAAGGAAGAGAUAUAAUAAACCUAGAGUCAGAAGAAGAAGUAAUAAUAUACAAUAAUAACAAUUAGGGUUUAGUUUGAUAAUAGUAACAAUAAU